CAUUUCAUCGCCCCUCCAUGUAUCCUAUAGCACCAUCUUUCGCGAUGGUGGGUUCGGUGGGUUCCAUUCGGCGCACAAGCCGAUGCCCCAGUAAGACGGCCAGCUGUUUCAGAUUGUAUGUCUUCCCCCUGGUGCCUCCUACCAAUAUGGCGAAAGCCAAAACAGUAGGAGUGCGCCUGAUUGGCGUGACCACAUGUGUCGCUUUUGCGGCGUCCCUGCAAGUUGCUGUUACUGGUGCACUCGGGGCUGGUCCGGCGUACCGGGUGGCACAACGCCCGGGUUCCUUACACUUCGCUCGGAUGCAUGAUCGUUUUGUCAACAAGGACCGAGAAGCCGAAGAGCACAAGGUUGCAGCUCUGGAGCGUAACACAACUCCUGAAAAUAUAUCUUCUCAAAUGGAUAGUAACAAGACAACGGCACCGUCUCCAGAGCCAGGAACAUCGAAGCGGGCACAACUCAAAACGACUAGCGCGGCAUCGGCGACCAGACCCCUCGUCUCCCAACUCCAAAAGGAUGUGGAUUACUACUGCGCUAAAAGAUUUGAGCAGCAGUGCGCCAAGGGAGUGUUGGGGAAGACGUACUGUACAGAUGGUCUAGUGGUUGGGCGGUAUGUUUCACAAGGAAGCAAAUUAGAAGCGGGCUGGCACUGCUUUAAAGGGGCGGAAAUUGCCCACAGUCAAAGACAGGUGAAGUGUGUGGACAACUGCGGGAACCUGAUGAAAUGCUUUGGGGACGUGAAUUCAUCACAGACCGCGAAGGUUGCCAUGCCCGGGAUGGAUGAAUGGAUUGACAAACGGAAGUGGACGUACUGUUCACCAUAUCAACAAGCAGCAGAUGCCCUCUGCAACCUGAAGCAUCAUGGAGACGUCGCCAGAUACGACCAUGUCCGGCAGAGGUGGAUGUGCCUUGACCUGAACGAUGUCGCUUUGGAUGGGAUUAGCUACUGUGCCGACAACUGUGGCGGACCAACGUCGUGUGUAGGAGGCUUGUUGCCAGGGGAACUUCCACAGCGGAGUGUGCGCAUUGUCCGGCAUCGGGACAUGGAGUCAGCAUUUGAAGCUAUACAGCCGUGUCCAAAUGCUGGUGACAUCUGCGUGGCCAGCACGGUGAAUCCUCCCGCGUGCCUACCACAGGUGCAGACAUUAGUACUUCAGAGACUUCCAGCGCAGCAACGGGCUCUGGACACAAUGUGCCAAGAUGCUAUGGACGAGGAAUGCAGAAAAGGCAAGCAAACGGAAGACUGCUUUGGAUUGUGGUUGGCUCGUUACGAACUCGAGAGCAGCCCGGGAGGAGCAGGAGCGUGGAGGUGUUACCCGGAGUCCCGACUAGACUUCACCCAAUUGUCCAGUUGCAUCGAUGGGUGCGGCAAUCCAAUAUCUUGUCGUGGACAGCCAGCAGAAGUGUCGCCAGCAUUCAUCGACCUCCCUGCGCUCGACAAGGUGGCUGGCGACAUGAGUUAUUGUUCCGCGUACCAGAGGGCAGGGAAUGCCUACUGUGCGCAGAAACACGGUCCCCGCUGGGUAGCAAGGCAAAAUUGCAACACGUACAAGUGGGCCUGCUUCAAUUUGGACAACUUACCUCCGAAUGGCUGGGUAGGGUGCGCGGGUCACUGCGGAGAAUUCAUUUGGUGCCCCAGCGCUGGAACAGGGGAUGCAGUGAGCGACUCUGUACAAGAUGAAGAUCUGGAAAGCGUGAUCCUCGCCGUGCCAGAUCCGUGUUUAGCUGGGGAGAAGUGUGAGCCGACCGCACAAGAGCCAGCUUACUGUUCAGUAUCAAGACCAAAUCCUCAUGCGAAGGUGAAGAAGUUAUCGGUAUUCGAGGAUCGAAGGCUACGGGGAUACUGAGAGAAGGGGGGCCAGACAAUGUGAACCCCCUCACACUAUUGUAUAAAGAAUGUAAAUGUUUUCUUGGCUGCAUAAUGGGGCAUUUACAGGAACCACGAACGGCUGACAAGAAAAAGCUGAGUCCGCAUGAGGUGGUGGCGUUGCAGGUGGUGUCAGCGUCCAGUUGUCAACAGGAAUCGCCAUGCUGGGAAAGACCCGACCCGUCCGGCCCACGAUGUGAGCGGGAGUUCGACGGGGAAAAUGAACUGUCUUGCCUCCAGUGUUGCCACUGAUACUAAAUUGCAAAACGAACGCGGCAAACGAAUUGUUUCUCCUUGGCGGACUUGCCGUGUUGUUGGCAACCCCACACGAUUCCCCGAGAUGAACAGCUCGUUAUGCAUAGGUGGUCAAGAAAACGAGGUGUUUUUUUCACUUCAAUUCGAUCCUCAAGGGGUAGCCACUGUAGUGGAAGCAGUUUUGUCAACGACACUAGGCUGCUGGAGCCGAUAACGAGAAGCUGAAAUGUAGAAGAGUAGCUUGGUUCGUUCACCUUUCGUGUGGUUGAUAGAGGUGGAAUGCCCGCUUGUUCACAAGUGCAGAGACUGGCUACUCAGAAAUUUCACGGGUUUGCGACGACACGUCGUACUUUUCUAUGAAACGGAACGUAUGGCAUACUUCGAACAGUGCAGUGCUGCUACGAAUGCAGGCAUUCAAGGAAAAAUCUUGAAAUAA